UUUCCGACCCUGCAGACCUUCCAUCUUGUUAAUCAAUACAAUCGCCCUGUAAAUGACUAAAUCAUAAACCAGUAAACGUAAUAAAAUAACUCUUUUAAAUGCCACGGUAAUUGUGUUGUUACGAGGAGUCGAAUUAAUUGCCAUUAAGGCAGGAGCUCAUCAGGAAAUGCAAAUCGGUGUCGUGACCAGCGAACUUGUUGCUGCCUUCUAGGCAAUCCUGGCCUCCGUUGUCAGGGGCAACACGGUCGUUUUGUCGAAGCAGGCUUACUAUUAAUAGUCAGAUUCAGUUUCCAGUUACCCAGUUAAGCAGCAACACUCGCAGGCAUCAACAGCUCUCUUUUGGAAACUUAAAACAUGUCUUAUUCCAGCCGUUUCGGUUUCGACUUCCAUCUACCCGACGAGGGAUGGUGCUACCCGAAGAACGACAUGCACUUUAUCCGCAGCGCCGAGUGGGUGCCCGUGGAGAAGGCCGGCGUGGGUCGCUCCUUCGCCAAUCCCAAUGGCGUGAUCUAUCCCCGGGUGGUGGGCAUGAUUCCGCGCUACGGCGGCCAUGUUCCCGGCAAUAAGUUCCGCGUGGGCAACACCUACGGCCGCUCCACCAUCGACGCCAAGCGCCAUCUGGCCCUCAACCACGAUUGAAUCGCGCGGAAUCUUGGAUUACCAGCCACUUAUCACUUAUAGCCAAUCAAAUUUGCUGUGUUACGCUUAGAGAAGCACCCUAAAUAAAUCGUAUACUGUAGUACAGCCGAAGGGAGAACUGUA